AAGAUUCCCCCUGGACCAGAGGAGACACGGUCAAAAAAGUGCUGCGAGCCCACUGGAUGUAGACAGCCUGCAAUAGAUGACCUCAGACAGAUGGCUCAGUAGAACUGAGAAGAAAGGACGUGGUGGUGGGUGGACCGAUCGACACAGAGAGGAAAAGAAAGAGUGAGGAAAACACAAUUCAACGGACAAAUGGCGUGAUGACAGAUGUUAGCUCUGUAUGUGUACGAGUACCUGCUGCAUGUAGGAGCACAGAAGUCAGCACAGACCUUUCUGUCAGAGAUCCGAUGGGAGAAGAACAUCACACUCGGAGAACCUCCGGGGUUCCUGCACUCGUGGUGGUGUGUUUUCUGGGACCUGUACUGUGCCGCUCCAGAGAGAAGAGACACAUGUGAACACUCCAGCGAGGCCAAGGCCUUCCAUGACUACAGUGCUGCAGCAGCUCCCAGUCCUGUUCUUGGGAACCUUCCUCCAGGUGAAGGCAUGCCAGUGGGUCCAGUUCCUCCAGGAUUCUUUCAGCCAUUUAUGUCACCUCGAUACCCUGGAGGACCCAGACCACCACUUCGAUUACCAAAUCAGGGACUUGGAGGAGUCCCAGGUGGUCAGCCUAUGUUACCCAGUGGAAUGGAUCCGUCAAGACAGCAAGGACAUCCAAACAUGGGAGGACCCAUGCAGCGCAUGACUCCACCCAGAGGCAUGGUACCGUUGGGGCCCCAGAAUUAUGGAAGUGGAAUGAGACCACCACUUAACGCCUUGGUUGGUCCAGGGAUGCCCGGCAUGAACAUGGGGCCUGGUGGGGGCAGACCUUGGCCGAAUCCUCCAAACUCCAAUUCAACCCCUUACUCGUCUGCAUCUCCGGGAAGUUAUGUGGGUCCUCCAGGAGGCGGAGGGCCACCUGGGACCCCAAUAAUGCCAAGUCCAGCAGAUUCAACCAACUCCGGCGACAACAUGUACACUAUGAUAAACACAGUCCCUCCCAAUGGAAACCGACCAAAUUUCCCUAUGGGUGCAGGUGGCGAUGGUCCGUUAGGUGGAAUGGCUGGAAUGGAGCCACAUCACAUGAAUGGAUCAUUAGGGUCAGGUGAUAUGGACAGUCUCCCAAAGAACUCUCCUGGAAACCUAAGUAUGAGUAACCAGCCGGGAACCCCCAGGGAGGACGGAGAGAUGGGAGGAAACUUCCUGAACCCGUUUCAGAAUGAAAGUUAUUCUCCAAACAUGACGAUGAGUGUGUGAAGGCUGGACGCGCCUCACUCGCCCACUCGAGCUGAUGUGGAUCAAUAAAAAGCAGAGAGGGAGAGAGAGAGAGACGGGAGGUGAUGUCCUCCAGGCCAGUGACUCUUCCUCCCCCACCACCACCUCACCUAACCUGUCAGGACAGUUACCCCACACACACUCUGUCCUUCUACUGCCCCCACAACUCCACCAACGUGUCCUCGCCCACCCUUUCACGUUCACCCCCGUUCACCCCUUCGCUCCUCUGACCUGAGUGGUGACUUUGCUUAAUCCGUCAGUUCUUCCUCUGCAUCGAUGAGACUGUACAAAGGAACCAAAUUUAAAAAAAAACAACAAAAAACCCCCGGAGGAGAACUCUUUGUAUAUUUGCAUAGAGUGUGUGACAGAGCGCACACUCCAGUCACAGGCGAGUGUUUCUGUCACAUGACGCCCGCCCACCACAACAGAAGGCCAGUAUCUUAUUUAUCCUCGAGUUUAAAGGACUUUAAAGAGAUAAAGACACUUUUUGAUUGAUUUAACUGAUGUUCGUGCAGAUGUUUGUAAAAGUCAUCUUUUGUGGCGGUCUAAAUCUCUUUUAUUUCAUGAGUCUUUUCCAUCAGAAACUCAAUCACAAACACGUGAUUGAUCACGCGACAUGAUCACACGAUGACAGGAAGGCUUCGCUCACUGAGGUAAAAAUCAGCGCUCCACGUUUAAAGUGAGACUAUGUGACUUUUUUUGAACAUCUGUGACCCAAGUAACAAUAAUAGGACACAUGAUGGUAAGUGUGUCGACAUAUUUUUGAAUAUGGCGCCAUGACGAUGCUGAAAACAUAAAAAACACCUUCGGAGUGAUUUGUCCUCGUGGAUCAAAGUGGAGUCAGGUUAUAAGUUUCUCUUACUGCUGUGUUGCAUAAUGAUAAAGAUGAUUUUCAGGAUGACUUGAGUGACACGGAGUAGACGCACUCGUUAAAUCCGUGAAAGUGUUUAAAAAAUAAAUAGACACAUGGGUCAUUGAAA